CUCAACGUGUGUUGACAAACAUUGCGACGACCACGCCAACGCCGAACAACAACCCACCACGAUGCCGCGCACAUCCAAAUAUAGCAUUACGGCGUCGCCCCAGAGGACGCCCAUCAAAGUGCCGCUGAACGACGACCGACAAGAGAAGGCGAACCGCCGACAUGCAUUCCAAGAAGCCCAGCGCAACUCUCUGCGAGCAUCUGCUACACCAGCCCGAAGACGCAUAUCCCUCGCGGCCGGACAGAACAGCCCACAUACGCCGUCGCAAGACCAAGAUGACAUGCCCGAGGUCUCUGGAAGCGCCGUGACGCCCAUGAAGCGCGUCAUGCCUCUCCUAGCCAACUUCGAGGAGUGGAUGAAGAUGGCGACGGACAAUAAAAUCAACGCGAACAACUCCUGGAAUUUUGCGCUUAUCGACUAUUUCCAUGAAAUGUCCCUACUGAAGGAGGGCGACGGUGUGAACUUUCAAAAGGCCAGCUGCACACUCGACGGCUGUGUGAAGAUCUACACUAGUCGAGUCGAUAGCGUUGCCAGUGAUACCGGCAAACUACUCAGCGGUCUCGCAGAGAAUGCCAGCAAGAAGCGCCGCGGGGAUGCUGAUGACGGAGAAGAGGGCGAGGAUGAUGACGGCGAAGAGGGAGAAGAUGGCCAAAAGAAGCGCAAGAAGAGGGCUGCGCGGUCGGCCGAAGCUACACUCGCAACGUCUUUCUCGCAACUACAGAACAAGAAGAUGGAAUUGGAGUUCUCGGUAGACCCGUUGUUCAAAAAGGCGUCCGCUGACUUUGACGAGGGAGGUGCCAAGGGGCUGCUUCUCAAUCACUUGGCUAUCGACUCGAAAGGACGAAUCGUCUUUGAUAGCAGCGACGAUGCGAACGACGCAACAGCAGCAGAGGAGUCGCGAGCCACCCCAAUGCCUGAGGAUCCCGCGCAUGAGCAACGCGAUGAUGCUUCAGAACAACAACCAUCAGAUACAAUCGAGAUUGACAUCUCCGGACUUGCGAAAAAGUAUUUCCCAGACUUGUCUCACCUCGACGAGCAGGAUGUGUGCCCUUCCAUGAAGACAUUCGAUCUUGGGGACGUGAAUGGGUCCAUAGAUCUCCCCUUUCUCAGGGGUCCAGAGGACGGGCGAGAUGAUGAGAACAAAGACGCAGAAGAGGAAGCAGGCAAUCGUUCAGGCGUGUUUCUCGACGACGACAACCCAAUGGGCUUUGAUGAUGACGAUGAUAUCAACAUGGGCGGGUUCGACCUUCCUCCCGAGACUGGUUUCGGUGAGGGUGGUGAAGUAUGGGCUAGGGAAGCUAUUCGAGAUCCACAAAUCCGUGUCCACACUAUGGGACUCGGUCAGGGAGAUGAUGAGGCUGGUGAGGCUGGAGUUGGAGCUACAGGCAGCGAAAGUGCCCAAUAUGGUAUUUCUAUGACCCACGGUCGGGAUCAAGAGCAAGAGAACAUCUUGAGCUACUUCGACCAGGCCCUAAAGAAAAACUGGGCAGGGCCAGAGCAUUGGCGCAUUCAGCGAGUCAAGGAUGUUGGAAAGACUACACCGACAACGAAGCGAAAGGAGAAGGAGCCCUUCGAGAUCGAUUUUGCGGCCCCUAUGACCCAGAGUGCUGCAGACAUGUUGUACAUCCCCGCGACUUCGAACUCUACCAUUUCAUUACCUAAGGCGCAGUGGAAAUCGAAGACACGGAAUCUUCUACCUGAUGAUAAGCACUUCAACUCAAGACAGCUGUUGAGGCUUUUCUUGAAGCCGAAGUCGCGAAUGGGUUCACGAAAAGAAGGCAAACGCGCACAGCCACAGCCUGAACAGCCAGUACAGGGCGAAGUUGAUGAGGCCUAUUGGGCUAAUCAGCAAGACGCACUUGCUGAAGAAGACGGUGCCGUGCAAGGCAAUUACGAUGCCGACUUCUUCCAAGACGAUCCUCUGCCGCUGCCUGGCGGGCCGAUCGAUGACGAUGACGACUUCGCGGAUGCCCGCGACCACUUUUCGCCACCGCCUCAAGAAGCACCAGAAGCAGUGCGGCCUAUCGACGGCGCAGUACCCAGUUCGCAAGCCGAUGCGUUCGGGGCGCAAUUGGUCACACAAAGCAGGAGAUUCCGGCCUGAGUACGUGCAAUACGCCAGAGUAGCGAAGAAGGUCGAUGUCAAGAGAUUAAAAGACGAGCUGUGGAACAGUAUCGGCUUCGAAGGGAUCAAUGCACCUCCGCCGCCAGACGCCGUCGGAGACCCAUCAGCCAAAGCAGUAGACGGCUCACUCACUUUCACAGAAGUGGUCAACAAUCUGCAAGCCGUGUAUCCCAAGCAAGUCAUGGCCGACAUAUCAACUAGCUACUGCUUCAUCUGCGUGCUGCAUUUAGCUAACGAGAAGGGCCUGAUCAUCAACAAUCAGGAGAACUUUGAGAACCUUACUAUUCGAAGGGACUUCACGGCGGAUCUGGAUAUUGGCAUUGAUGCGUAGAUGUGUUUGGAUUGGGUAUGAUUUCUUGAUACCAUGUUGGCGUUUGGGGUCUAUAAUGUGCGGUGAUGUGUAUAUGAGCUAGAAUAUUUGCAUUGAGCAUCGUUACUCUAAAUUCUUAACGGUAUUUUUUUUCCCGUCGAAGCCUGAGAUGGGGUGUGGUGUUCACGGUGAUGAGCUGCAUCACAGAGUUGUUGAGGCAUGUCUUACCGUCCGUCACGUAGUUUAUGACAUAUCAAGAACUACUAUUUUUACAAGUGUCCCG